CCGCCCGCACGCCGCCGCUCGGCCGCCCGCACCACCGCGUCGCGCAUUGCCCCACGCCCUAGUUAGGGAGGCCUGCGCGUGCAUGAGCCGGAGCCGACGGAUCCUCGCCUGCGCCGCCGCCGCCGUGUCGUCUCCGCCUCGCCUCCCGCGCGCGCCGCCUCUUCCGUCGACGUCGCGCGCUAGGUUGUUCUCGCCUUCCUCUCUCGCCCACGAGAUGGCGGAGGAGGGGAGAUCGGUGGGGGAGGAGGAGCCGCGGGGGAAGCGGCCGGCGGCGGAGCUGAGGCUGUUCGACACGAGGACGAAGGCGGCGGUGCCAUUCAGGCCGCGGGUGGAGGGGAAGGUCGCCAUGUACGUCUGCGGCGUCACCCCGUACGACUACAGCCACGUCGGCCACGCCCGCGCCUACGUCGCCUUCGACGUCCUCUUCAGGUAUCUUAAGUAUUUGGGGUAUGAAGUUAAUUACGUGCGCAACUUCACCGAUAUUGAUGAUAAGAUUAUCAAACGGGCAAAUGAAGCUGGUGAAGAUGCACUUAGUUUGAGCAGUCGCUUCAUCGAUGAGUUCCAUCGUGAUAUGUAUGAACUUCAGUGCCUUCCCCCUACUCAUGAGCCACGUGUAACAAAGCACAUUGAGCAGAUAAUAGAUUUGAUAACCAAGAUAAUGGACAAUGGGAAAGCCUAUACAAUUGAAGGAGAUGUGUAUUUCUCUGUUGAUAACUUCCCUGAUUAUCUGAGUUUAUCUGGAAGGAAGGUAGACCAAAACCGUCCUGGAACACGAGUCGCUGUUGAUGCAAGAAAGCGAAAUCCUGCAGACUUUGCAUUAUGGAAGUCUGCUAAGGAGGGUGAGCCAUCUUGGGAGAGCCCUUGGGGUCGUGGAAGGCCAGGAUGGCAUAUUGAGUGCAGUGCGAUGAGCGCUCAUUAUUUGGGUAAUAUUUUUGAUAUUCAUGGUGGAGGAAAAGAUUUGAUCUUUCCUCAUCAUGAGAAUGAGCUCGCACAAAGCCAAGCAGCUUAUCCUGAGAGUGAGGUAAAAUGCUGGAUGCAUAACGGGUUUGUCAACAAAGAUGGCCAGAAAAUGGCUAAGGCAGAUAAGAAUUUCUUCACCAUCAGAGAUAUUAUUUCUCUGUACCAUCCCAUGGCUUUAAGAUUAUUUCUGAUGCGUACACAUUAUAGAUCAGAUGUAAACCACUCUGAUACAGCUCUUCAGUUUGCAUCUGGCCGUCUAUAUUAUAUUUAUCAGACUCUACAUGACGGUGAAGAAACUGUGUCGUUAUAUGGUGAACACAAGUUGGAAAACUCAAUACCGGCUGAUGAUCAAAAGUUGAUCGAAGAGAACCGUUCAAAUUUUCUUGAGAAAAUGUCAGAUGAUCUGCAUACAACGGCUGCUCUUGAUCACCUGAUGGUGCCACUAAGAGCAAUAAACAACAACCUAAGCGAUCUGAAGAAGUUGCAACAAAAGCUAGAACACCAGAAAAAGAAACAAUCACAGAAGCAGCAGCAGCAGCAACAGAAAAAACCAGAAGAUUAUAUCCAAGCUCUGGUUGCCUUGCAGAAUGAAGUCACCGAUAAACUUUCCAUCCUUGGCUUAAUGCCAAUGUCAUCUUUGGCUGAGCAACUGAAGGACAAGGCAUUGAAGCGAGCUGGCAUGACUGCAGAGCAAUUGCAACAAAUGAUCGAACAAAGAACGCUUGCCAGGAAGAACAAGGACUUCGCCGAGUCUGACCGGAUCAGAACAGAGCUCUCUGCUCUCGGGAUUGCUUUGAUGGGUGAGCCUACUGGGACAUUAUGGAGGCCAUCUGAACCAGAACUAGCUGAAGGAUCGUAAAAAUAUAUCUAGAUAUCGCCUCCUGUGUCUGCACGUGAAUGUAAAGAAAAAGGAAGAAUGCAUUUUAGUUGUUUUGCGUAGCUCACAACAUGAAUAUUUGUCCAAGGUGCUCGCGUACACAGACCAACUAUAACUUCAUUUCAUAUUUUCAUCAUAGACUGUCUCCUGUGCAUAAUUCUAUAAACUUCCUGCAUUCUAAAGAAAGCCUUAAUUUUAAGGGGAAA